AUGGAGGCCUACAAUCUCACCACCAUGACUCAGUUUAUCCUCAUAGGUCUUUCAGACCUUUCUGAAGUGCGUUACCCUCUCUUUGUGGUCUUUGCCCUCAUCUAUCAAAUCACGUUAUUGGGAAAUGGGGCCAUCCUCUUGGCCAUUGGCAUUGAGAAAAAACUACAUACACCCAUGUACUUCUUUUUGGCAAAUCUGUCUGUCCUUGACAUAUCUUGUCCAUCGGCCACUGUACCAAAGAUGCUGGAAAACCUCUUGACUGAAAAGAACAACAUUUCCUUUGUUGGCUGUGUCUUGCAACUCUAUUUCCUUGUGGCACUGGUAGGAACUGAAGUCUUCCUUCUUGCUGUCAUGGCAUAUGACAGGUAUGUGGCCAUUUGUUUUCCUCUCCAUUACACCCUCAUUAUGACCAGGGUUCGUUGUAUCCAGCUGACAGUGGGCACCUGGGCAGCAGGAUUUCUCAACUCUCUAAUUCACACGGUGGCUACAUUCAAUCUGACUUUCUGCAAGUCCAAUCAGGUGAAUCAAUACUAUUGUGACAUCCCCCCAGUGGUGGCCCUCUCAUGCUCAUCCACCUAUGUUGCAGAGAUGCAGGUUUUAGUGAUAGGAGGAGUCCUGGGGGUUGGUGCCUACCUGCUCUCCUUCAUCUCUUACAUCUAUAUCAUCUCCACCAUCCUGAAGAUCCAGUCUGGGGAAGGGAAGCGCAAAGCUUUCUCCACCUGUGCCUCCCACCUCCUGGUGGUCUGCUUGUUCUAUGGCACAACAAUAUUUACUUAUAUUCGUCCCUCCUCCAGCCAACACUCUCCAGCCAGAGACAGACUCAUCGCCAUGUUGUAUGGAGUUAUUACCCCAAUGCUAAACCCCAUCAUCUAUAGCCUGAGGAACAGGGAGGUGAAGGGAGCUCUCAGAAGAGCCUUUUGUGGUAGAACAUCAUCUCAGCAAGGCGGAUAUUAA